AUGUUAUUUUGUCAUGCUGAUGGUAAAUCCCUCUCCAUUCUUCUUGAGCCGCUUGGUAAGUUCCAAAAUUGGUUUGGGUUGAAGAUGAACCAUGCUAAGAGUAAUAUUUUCUUUGGAGGUAUAAGCAAGGAGGAUAUAGACAAACUCAGAGAUAUUGCUAAGAUUGAUGAAGGAAAACUUCCUAUUAGAUAUUUGGGGGUGCCUCUUGUCUCAAUUGAGCUUUCCAUUGACGAUUGCCAACCUCUUAUAGAGAAGAUUUUGGGGAGUGAGCUUAAUUAUAACAAAACCAAGGUGGCUUGGGAUGUGGUUUGCCUUCCUAAGGAUAAAGGUGGUUUAGUCAUCAUGAGGUCUAGUGACUGGAACAAGGCUGCAAUUUUAAGACACCUUUGGAACCUCGCUAACAAGGAUAAAUAUUCUAUUUGGGUAGAGUGGACUUACAAAGUCCUCCUCAAAGGAAAAAAUGUUUGGGAGAUCGACAUCCCCAAUGAUUGCUCUUGGUGUUGGAGGGACAUCCUCAAACUAAGAGAUGUUGCUAGAAAACAUAUUAGAGUGGAUAUUGGUAAUGGCGAAAAUUGUAGCCUUUGGUUCGAAAGUUGGCACCAUUUGGGGCCAAUAGCUAGAAGAUGGCCCGCUUCAAACUCUCAAGCUUUACUUGAGCUUAAGAAUUCAGUGUUGAAUCCUCCUAGAGGAGGAGAGGACAAAGUCAUUUUGGGGAAUGGAGUGCACGGAACUUUUAGCAUAAAGAAGGCUUGGGAUACUACUAGGAGGAGAAAUUCCAAAGUAGAUUGGUACAAUAUUGUAUGGUACCACCACCACAUUCCCAAGCAUGCCAUUUUGGUGUGGGUAGCCAUUCUUGGAAUUAUUCAAGAUGCCACGUGCCGCUUAUGUAACUCAGCCACAGAGUCCCUGGAUCAUUUGUUCUUCUCUUGUUCUUUCACCAACGAAAUAUGGAGCCGUUUGAUGAGGAGAUGCAGCCUCAAUCCUGCCCAAGGAGAUUGA